AUGGAACACGAUUCAAGCCCUACUCCCGACUCCCAGCAUACACCUAUCAAUGAAACUAAAAGUGAAGCUGAGAUACAAGCUAAGAUAACAACCCUGUCAAAGAACUACAGCUCAUUCGCGGCUUUGCAAGGUAUCAAAAACCUCUUACCAAGCUUAUGCUCAGACGUCUUCGAUGCUGUCAACGCUCAGGAGAUAGCGUCGGCACACACGGACCACAGUGUCGAUGUCGGAGACGAUGUAGCGAAUGUUGACAUCUUGCAUCCAGUUAUAGCACUGAUGAAGAAAGAUAUAAAGGCAGUCUUAAAGGUUCUUUCCAAGCUCUCAAAAGCGCUGGAUAUCGGGACAGCUUCUCAAUCCAGACGUCCCUCCCCCGCCCAUCGUCUUCCUCCCGAACUCUAG